AUGUUCAAUCUUUCUCCUUAAGUAAAAUAGUUAUUCAUGUAGCAUUAACCUGGCAACGUUAUGACGUAGCUUAUCUUAUCAACUGCUUUUUUUAAAUCCUCUUUCAAUACCCCACUUGAAAAGCAAAUAAUCUAUCAGUGGGUAGGUUUAUACUUCCUGUUUUUCAACAAUUUUAAACACAACUUAAGGAUAGAAAGUUCUGUGUUGUAAAUUUUAAGUUUGAAACAAAAAUAAUCAUGGCACAAUCCAGGAUAGACUUCAGUGCUUCAUCUACAGAUGACUCUGAUGAAGUUCAGGAAAUGUUUUGUGAACAUUGUGAUAAACAUGACAAGCAAUAUGUUCCUGCUGAAGGAUUUUGUGAGGAAUGUUUUGAGUACUUGUGUGCUAUAUGUGUAAAAUUUCAUAAAAGAUAUAUGGUCUCCCAUACCAUCAAGGAUAAGGAUAACAUGCCACAGGAUUUCUGUCUAGAGAAAUGUUCUGUUCAUCAAGAUGAAUUGGUCAAGUUCUACUGCCAAGCUUGCAAGAAAUUUGCCUGUACUGAAUGCAAGACUCAGGACCAUGGGACCUGUAGUAUAGUCAGUCAUUUGCCAGCCCUUGUUCCAGGGAUUGAAAACAGCCAGGAAAUUAAAGAACUCACUGAAAAUCUUGAUAUGUUAAUGAAGGAUUUGGAAAAUACAGAAAAACAUGUAAACAUAAACAUGACAUAUGUCGCUUCACAAGAAACAAAGAUAUUAGAUACAGUUAUGGAAAAAAAGAAAGAAAUAUUGUCAGUGUUUGAAAAACAUCAGACAGAUAUAAUUCAAAACUUUGAGAAAAAAAUUAAAGAAACCUUACAAAAACUUGAAGAAGAGAAAAAAAAGAAAAUUGACAAAUUACAAGAGAAUCAAAGGAAAUUAGAAAAGUUAUUAAAUGAAGAGGAAAAUGAAAUAAAGAAGAAAAUUGAAAUCAUAAAAAUGAAUGACAACAAAAAUUUGCAGACAAUCACUGAAGAAACCUCAAAAAUGAAAACAAAACUAAACAGCAUAUCAACAGAGUUGGUGCAUCAUCAAGGUACAGAUCAAAGAUGUCAAAUGUUUGUUGUUAUGAAGAAGGGGCAGAAAAUCAUUGAUCAAUUGAAGCCAGAUGCAGAUAAACAAUGUAAAAACAAUUCAAUUCAUUAUUACAAAGUUGAAUGCAAAGCUUCUGAACAGAUUAUUACCAAUUUACAAGACUGUGACAAAAUUUUUACCUAUCAAGAAAUACAUGAAUCUGAAGUACAAAGAACUGCUAGUUAUUACACAGAUAUUAAAUUCAAAUGUCACUCCUGGUCAUUUUUAUGCUUGUUAACAGAAAACUGUCUUUUUAUAAGUAACCCUGAAUCUUCAAAGCUGAUUAUUUUCAAGGAUUUGUCAGUCAGCACUUCAUCAUAUGAUACAAUAGACCUGCCUUCGUACCCUUGGGCUGUUGCUAAAGUUGACAAUAACAAAGUUGCUGUCACAUUUCCUAGACUUGGAACAGUAAAACUGAUAACAUUCUCUAAGUGUAUGACAGUGACCAACACUGAAGAUAUAGAAGUAGGAGGAGGUUGCCGUGGUGUUGCCUAUAGUAACAACAAGCUUAUAGUGUCUUACCUAAAGUUUCCAGCAACAGUGAAGAUACUUGACAUGUCUGGUAAAGUAAUAAAAACAAUUGAUAAAGAUCAGCAUGGGACAUGUCUAUUUGCUAAUCCUUAUAACUUAACAAUCAGUGCAGACAACACAGUUAUAUAUGUAUCUGACUAUAUGAAAAACUGUGUGUUAGGUUUAACUUUUGAUGGGAAAGUCAAGGCCAUUUACAAUGAUGACAAGCUGAAUUGGCUUUAUCAACUGACAGUAGAUAGGUCUGGGGCAGUGUUUGUAUGUGGACGUUUGUCACACAAUAUACAUCAAUUAUCAUCUGACCUGACCAAGGUGAAGAUACUGCUGGAUAAAAAACAAGGAAUAUAUAGUCCAACAGGUGUGGCAUACUGCCAGAAUACAAACAGAUUAUAUGUGAGUCAACAAGAUGAUAACAUUAAAGUGUAUGAUUUAUCACUGCUAUAAAACUAUUUCUAUCUGAAAAGCCUGCAGGAAAUACUUGAAAAAUAUUAUAUAUAGAAUUUCAUUCCAUAUUUCUUUGAAUUGCAAAAGGAUUAUAAUGAUGAAUUUUAAAAUAAAAGAUGUACAUGUAUGUAUUAUAUUUGUGUCUUUCUUGUAGUGGUGUCAUAUUUAUCUGUUUAUAUAGGUUUGAUCGUUAGCCAAUAACUGGUUAGAAAAUUCAAUAACUGGUAACCAGGCUCGUAUUAGGCGAACAACUGAAGAAAUUUCAAUUCCAAAAAAAUACAUUUGUUCUUCAUGACAAGAUAUGACAUUUUGUUUGUAUUUUAUUUGUAUUUUUCUGACUGCACAGCUGUCUUAUAGUGAAAUAGACAAUAGUUAUUCCAUUAUUGGAUAUGUUUUGUAACCAUUGUUGAGUACAACAAAAUACAAAUUUCAAAGUGUUAUUUUUUAGUAUUGAAAUUAUACAAAUAAUUACUAAUAAUAAAAUUUUAAAAGUUUGCAAAUAAGGUGCUAUAAACAAGGCCAACCAAUAUCUGUAUCCCAAUUUCUCUAGG